GACUAUGAGGCGGAACGUUUGUACUGAAAUGUUUCUACGGACGUAUUUGAAAUCGGUUCCACCUGCGGACCAGCAACAAAACUGUUUGCUUUGGUGUGUUUGAUGCAGUGAGGGCUAAAGGGAGAUGUGGUCCUUUUUCGCCAGGGAUCCCGUUAAAGACUUUGCUUAUGAAAUUCUCCCGGAGACACAAGAAAAAUGCGGAUUAUGGAUGCUUCACCGGGGCAAACGAAAGACAAAUGGAGAGCCUGUCUCCGUCUUUGUUUACGAGGUUGCCCAAGGUUCAGAACAACAAACCCAGCUCGCCAAAGCAGCUUUCAAACGUAUGAAGACCCUCCGACACCCCAACAUCCUGGCUUAUGUUGAUGGUCUAGAGACAGAGAAAAGCCUGUACUUGGUCACUGAGCAGGUAACGCCACUUGCUGUCCACCUUAAAGCUCAAGCUGAAAAGGGUGGUGCUGGAGAACUGGAGGUGUCAUGGGGUCUUCACCAAAUUGUGAAGGCUCUCAGUUUCUUAAUCAAUGACUGCCACCUCCUCCAUAACAACGUGGGUGUGUGGGCUGUUUUUGUGGAUAAAGCUGGGGAGUGGAAGCUUGGAGCACUUGACCAUGUUUCCCCUGAACAAGGUGAUCCAAGUGGAGCUGUUUUACCUGCCCCUAAAGCAGUCUACCCUGAUAUGGAGAAAUAUGAUCCACCCGAAAUGCCAAAUAGUAGUGGAGAAAAGUGGGCUGGGGAAGUUUGGCGGUUAGGCUGCUUAAUAUGGGAGGUGUUCAAUGGGCCACUACCACGAACUUCAUCACUUCGUUCAUUAGGAAAGAUUCCAAAAACUCUAGUCCCACACUAUUGUGAGCUUGUGGGAGCAAACCCUCGGGCUCGGCCCAAUCCUGCCCGCUUCUUGCAGAACUGUCGAGCAUCUGGGGGAUUCCUUAGCAACAGUUUUGUUGAAAGCAACCUCUUUCUAGAGGAAAUUCAGAUCAAAGAUCCUGCCGAGAAGCAGCAGUUCUUCCAGGAUCUGAGUGAAAACCUAGACUCCUUUCCCGAGGACUUUUGCAAACACAAGGUCCUUCCUCAGCUUCUCACUGCGUUCGAGUUUGGAAAUGCUGGAGCAGUUGUCUUAACCCCUCUCUUUAAGGUAGGAAAAUUUCUGUCUGCAGAGGAAUACCAACAGAAGAUAAUCCCUGUCAUAGUCAAGAUGUUUUCCUCUACAGACCGAGCAAUGAGGAUACGACUGCUUCAGCAAAUGGAGCAGUUCAUCCAGUAUUUAAAUGAAGCUGCCGUCAAUAAUCAGAUUUUCCCACAUGUUGUUCAUGGGUUCACAGACACCAACCCGGCCAUUCGAGAGCAGACUGUCAAAUCCAUGUUACUUUUGGCUCCAAAGUUGAAUGAAGCCAAUCUGAACCAGGAGCUUAUGCGUCAUUUUGCUAGACUGCAGGCUCGCGAUGAGCAAGGUCCAAUCCGGUGUAACACAACUGUUUGUCUAGGCAAGAUUGCCUCCUACCUCAAUGCUGGAGCAAGACAGCGUGUUCUGAUUUCUGCUUUCUCACGAGCCACUAAGGAUCCUUUCCCGGCCUCUCGGUCUGCUGGAGUUCUGGGCUUUGCUGCCACUCACAACUAUUAUAGUAUAUCAGAAAUAGCUGCACGCAUACUGCCCACUCUUUGUGCCAUUACUGUCGACCCAGAUAAAGGCGUCCGAGACCAGGCCUUUAAAGCUAUAAAGAGUUUCCUCUCCAAACUGGAAACUGUUUCCGAAGACCCUAGCAUGCUGACGGAGAUAGAGAAAGAUGUGGGGUCAUGUGCACAACCUGCUGGUGCCUCUUCGGGUUGGACAGGCUGGGCAGUCACAGGCAUGUCCUCUCUCACUUCAAAACUGAUCCGAACAAAUCCAGGAACAGAGGGUGGAGGAGCCACUGACGCUUCAGUUGCUACUGAUGCAGUCACUCCAACAAAUGCUUCUUCAGUUGAUUCUCAAGACACGCCUUCAGAGGUCUCUAUGCCUCACCCUGCUGCCAGUAGCUUUAGUCUACCAGAGACAAAUAAUGCUCAGACCAACAUUAAUGAGCCAAUAGGAGACCGGUGGGAUGAUGAUGAGGACUGGGGAAGUCUAGAGGAGCCAGAGAAAACUCUGACUGAAUCUGAUGAUUGGGGUGCAGACUGGUCAGGAAUUACAUCAUCUAAGAAGAAAGCUGUUGAUAAAACAAGCCGCAUGUCAUCAGUGGCUGUGAAGAAGCAGAGCUCUGAUUGGAGCAGCUCCGGUUGGGAUGCAGAUGACAGUUGGUCCAAUGAAAAAGAUGGGCAGGGGCAAAGCUCUGCUGGAGAAGAAGGCUGGGGAAAUGACUGGGCUGACGAGGACACAGACACAACCUCCACAAAUAAGACCCUGCCGCUGCCUGCAGGUGUGCGGUUAGCUAGUGAAUACAACUGGGACAGCGCAGCUAAAGGAUCAGCUCAGAAUGACCUGUUUGCCAGCGUAUCCCAGAGAACCGCGGCUAACACAACUGUCACGGGAGGAGAUGGCUGGAGCACAGAAAUGUCAGGAGACUGGGGUGGUGAAGAAAGUUGGGAGUCUGUUGAUGGUGUCCAGGGUUUGAGCAAAGCUGAAUUAUCAAAGAAGAAGCGUGAAGAAAGAAGGAAAGAACUGGAGGCAAAACGCGCUGAACGAAAAGCCAAUAAAGGACCGCUCAAAUUGGGUGCACGUAAACUAGAUUAAGGGACAGGUGUGGUACAAGAGGAGGGCAGCAGCAACGGGACCUAUCAACGGAACUUUGACAUUCCGCAAGGAGGACCAGAGAGAUGAAAGAUGUAAAACUAUAAACCUGUCUCCAAAAUACACCAUAAAAAUGACUGGUCAGAUGAACUGGACGCAAGGAACAGUUACUAAAAUAUUGAGAUGGAAAAGACAAUAUUAAGCUGUCAAUCAUCUGGGCUUAUGGGAAUGAACCAAAAUGUGCUGGUUUUAAUGUACAGAAAUGGACCUCUUAUAUUUAAGUGUUAUGUGGACAAAAGUAAACAAGGACAUGAGAGUCACGCCUUUAUCAUUAUAGUAAAUUUGCUGUAAAUAAAACGGCAUGAACAAUACAGUUUACUUCAGCUGUCACAAAAACAAUGCAUGCACAGUAUUUGACCCAAAAACUGUAUUUUUAUUGUCUAUAACAGGCCUUGGGAAGUAGAGAUCUUCUAAUGGCAAGUGAAUGCAUGUGUUUAUAUGUCCCAUGAAGAAAAUCGAUUCAUGCUGAACUUGAAUCAAGACUGGAUGGGAUGUUUUCAGGGUAAAGGACAUUUUGCUCUUUUAUUUGUGCCUUCAUUUUAACAAAUCAUAUCUGAAGGGUUAUAUAUUGUAUUACUGAGGAUGUGAACCUGUUUCAUUAAAUUAGUUUCCUUUAA